AUCCCUCUGCUUUCGUUGGUACUCCCUCUCGUUCUCUCGUCCUCGAUAGAGCUCGCGAGGAAUCCAUGGCGACCGAUCUCCAGAAGGAGCUCUUGGCAUCGCUGAUCUCCGAGAUCAAGGAAUACCAAGGCCAAGACCCUCUCUUGCCAUGGCUUCAGGGGAUUCGAAAGAUGAAGGAAUCUCUACCAUCCCUAGUUCUUCAAGAGAAACUCCCUCGAUUCCUCCAAAAAUGUGUUGAAACCUUCGAGACCGACCGCCGGUACCGGAAUGAUUCCCGAUAUCUUCGUAUCUGGAUUCAAUUGAUGGAUUAUGUGGAUGAUGCGAAGGUGGUGUUGAGAAGAAUGGAGAAGAAUCAGAUUGGGAUUAAACGAGCGAGUUUUUACUCAGCCUAUGCACUCUACUACGAGAAGAGGAAGAAGUUCGACGAUGCAGAGAAGAUGUACCAUUUGGGUGUCCAAAAUCUUGCAGAGCCUGUUGGUGAGCUACAGAAAUCAUACGAGCAGUUCAUUCAGCGUUUGGAGUUGUACAGGAAACGAAAAGCUAAAGGUGUCAUGACUAAUAGAGAAAGACCAACUUCAGGGAAAUUGCGGCAUGUUCGAAAAGGAAACGAAGGAAGUAAAGAACUUUUUUAUAAAGACAUUACAAACUUGCCACUUACUGAGAGAAACAUCAAUGGUGAUCUGAAAGGUGGUCUGCGCAUGAAUUCCACUGAAGGAUGUUUGAAAAAUAUCAGUGGCUUUGAAGGUUCUACAAAAUCUAGCCUCAUUUUGCAGCACAAGGAUGCUGAUAUGAAUUUAACGAAGCAAGCCUCUAUACGGAAUGAUGACACUGUUGUGGUGACAUUUGUGGGCUCUGCUAUUGUUGGGAAAUCAGAAGACGAAGAUGCUUGUCAUCAUGGUUUAGUUGAUCCGACGGUUAACAUGAAGGAGGCCAUGAAUGCCAUUAGUAGCAUGUUCCGAGAGCCCUUGGAGGCAGAACCAAAAAUUAAGAGAAGAUCGCAUCAGAGCAAACAUAAAGUAGAUCAACAGACCAAUGCUUUUGAGGUGUUCAUAGAUGAAAGUUUAGAUGAAGGGGAAAACCUGUUGGACUGCAGACCAAAAGGAAGUAUUCAGAAAUGUAGGCAAACUAUUUGUUCAAAUACAUCAGAGAAGCAAAUCAAAACUGAGUUGCAGAAACCAUUUGUUGGGGAAUUCAAUAUAUUGGCGGAUGAUGAGGAGGAGAGUGAAGAUGGUGGUAAUGUGGAGAUCGAAAAGCACAUGAAAAGUGCUUGUUCUGCAAAAUCUCAUGUUGGCUCAAAACAAAUUGCUCAGAAAUCUAUUAUUUCUGGCAAUUUUACAAAUUUGGUAGAUGUUGGAAUGAAAGAAGACACAAUCAUUCAAAGGUUUGUUGGCUCUACUAUUGUUGGUGAAUCAAAGGUAGAAAACGCAUGCCAUCAUGGCUUGGUUGACCCAACUAUCAACCUGAAGGAGGCCAUCAAUGACAUAAAUAGCAUGUUUGGGCAGCCAUUGAAUAUCAUGAAGACCAACAAGCCAAAGAAGCUUAAAAAAAUUUUAAAUCAGGAGCCAGUCUUGCAAGGAUUCUCUAUCUUUGCUGACGAUGAAAUGGAAGGUCAAACAGCUCAAGCUUCCUCAAGAUUUGAGCAUAGCAAACUCUUGGAACAGAAGCCGAAAAGUGAGAGUUUUCAUAUUUUCGCAGACGAUGAUGGUAUAGACCAAGGUACAAAAGCUAGAGCUUCAUCAAAGGCUCUUCGCAAAUUUAGUGAGAGUGAUUUAUUUGAGCCAACUGUUUUCACUAGGGAAGCAUUGGCAGACAUCAAUGAGAUGUUCGGAAAGCCUUUGGAUUUUUGAAUAUAUUUCCUAGAUUGUAUUGGAGCCUGUGGCCAACACUUUGCCCAGGAAUCUGUAUUUCUGUUGAGAUGUUCA